AUGGCCGACCCUUCGAAGAAUCCCCUCCUCUCCUCGAGGCCCUCAGAAAGUGACCUCACCGUGUCUCUCCACCCUCUUGUUCUCCUCACUAUAUCGGACCAAGUCACAAGACAUUCCGUACGAAAACAGCCAGGUCCCGUAGCAGGUGCGCUUCUUGGACAGCAAAGAGGCAGAGAAAUCACAGUGGAACAUGCCUUUCCUGCAGCAUUAGUGAGAAGUCCAGAAGGCCAGUGGCGAUUCAACUUUGAGUGGAUGGAAACGAGGAUCCAGCAAUAUAUUGCAGUCCAUAAAUCACCCGCGCUUGGAUUCGUUGGCUGGUUCACCCUUUGCCCUCCUGAAGGUCCCUUGCCCGAACUUGUCCCUCUCCAGGAACAAGCCAUCAAUUUCUACAAUGACAACGCCAUUCUCCUAGCCUUACACCCCGAAGCAAUCCAGUCAGGGGAAAAUGUUGGAGGAAAGCUGCCCAUCACGAUUUACGAGAGCGUUGACGACCGAGAACAGCACAAGGAUGAGGCGUCAAUGCAAACUGAUGGGGUAGAAGGGUCAAUGCAGAUUGACGCAGAAGAGACAUCCGUCACCAAGUUUCGCCAACUACCAUACACGAUUGAGACAGACGAGACAGAAAUGAUUGCAAUAGACUAUGUCGCCAAAGGAGCAGGUGGUGCCGCGGCUAUCGACCAUGCACCACCCCAGGAGCCAGCUUCAACAUCCUUCGAAGUACCCCAGACAGAAAAUAAAGGCAAAAAGCGAGCAGACCUAAGGUCAGAGACUCCUGACAGACAAGAAAUAAGUGGCGCAGAGGGGCAAGUGAAGGCUCUCACACCGGAAGAAGAAGACCAGAUCGCAGGUAUAACGACCAGGCUCAACGGCGUAAAGAUGCUCCAGUCACGUCUUGAACUCUUGAGAACCUUUAUCCAGUCCCUUCCGCCCUCAUAUAUCUCUGCCCCAGACUCUGACACGGGGACCGUUCCCCUGACGCCGACAGCCCCGGAAUCAUCCCAUCUCCCUCACCUCCGCAACAUUCAAGCAUUGCUCACACGCCUUUCCCUCCUCACCCCUCCCACAGAAUCCACCCAAGACCACCCCUUGGCGUCUGCUUCCCUUGCACAGGCCAACGAUGUUUCCCUCGUCAGCCUUCUCGCUCUCCUAGGCCAAGACAUCCAGGCCCUUUCGGAGCUUGGUCGAAAAGCUGUCACAGUGGAAGCGAAUAAGAACAACUCAAAAGGCAAGCACCAACAGCAAGGAGGUCCGAAAGGUGGCGGUGGCGGUGGAGGGGUAGGGGGAAUGGGCCCCGGCGGACCAACUGGCUUUGCGAGCAUGGACGACGGUGAUCCUCGAUUUGCCGGCAUUGGCGGAGUCAACAGUGCAGGAGCGUCGGCCAUGGUUUAA